GAUUCCGCCUGAUGACUCAACAAAGAAAUGCUGAGGUAAUACGGCUCUUCUCCUCAUCUGUGUCGGCGGUGUUAGCUCUCCAACGCACUGUCCGCGAUCCUUAUUCAUUUCUUGCAGCAACAUGGCACCUGUAUUUUCCCAGCAUCGCCAUCAGUCAUCGCUUGAGGGCAUCAUCAACUUUUCCGGCCCUCAACCCUUCGCAGCGGAUCAGCGCGCCCGGGCUCAGCGCAGAUUCUACAGUAUUAUAAACCAUUUUGAUAUAACAGAUAACAGUAGAAGGGUUGGAUACAGGCGCCCUCUACUCGUGCGCUAUACCUAUGAAUAUUCGCGUUCUGAGUUAUCGCAAGAUAUCUUUCUACGUGCCUUCUUCGAAUUUAUGAAGGUAGAUGUCGCUGGCGAGGAAGAUAUUGACUUUGAUGAUGAGGGACUGGAGAAUCAGUUGGGCAAGAACUUGAUCACCUUCGCAGACUUCCUGCUAGAUAAUUUCUUUCUGCCACUCAAAGCUUCCGGCCAGCACACUCCACAGCCCUCUCCUGCACACCUUUCCGCAAUCCAAAGAGCACAAGGAGGAAUGCAUGAAUUUACUGGGACGCCAGACCGAAUAUCAGUCCUUCAGGGUUCUUGCCUCAUCCGUGACCGCCAUCGUUGCGUGAUCUCUCGCAAGUUCGAUCAGCGAGAAGCAAUAGUUCGUCUGACACAACAUGGCCAUGCUGCUCAAGAUGACGAAGGGAAUCCGCUCCAGGGACAGUUAUCUAUGAUUUUAGAAGUGGCCCAUAUACUUCCACAUUCACUGACACAGGCAAAUGCAGAUUCUCAAUUGGAUGAUUCCAAAAAAGCCUCACUCAUGAUCCUUAACAUGUUUGACUGUGAUGUUUCACACUUAAUUGAUGGUGUCAAUAUUGACCGGCCGUUUAAUGCUAUGAGUCUUACCCGUGAUCUCCAUACCCAUUUCGGCAACUUUACUGUUUUCUUUGAACCUGUUCCUGACCAGGAGCACACCUACCGAAUUGAUACGUUCCUUCCUCCAGGAAUCUUACCAGAUAUCCCUGUUACUCGCAUACUCUAUCUUGUAAACGACCGAUCAAUAGAACCCCCUUCACCCCGGCUCCUUGCCCUACACCACGCCAUUGCUCGUAUUCUUCACCUUUCUGGGGCGGGAGAAUAUAUCGAUAAUAUUCUCCGGGAUAUGGAGGAGACGGGUAUACAGGAGGAUGGGUCCACAGAACUCGGCCGUAUGGUGAAUUUGACAUUGGGUGGUUGGCUAGAUGGCGUGGUUGAUUCCUAUGCCUAGCCCU